UAAGGGCCAAUUCACAUUGUCAUCGAUGCAUGUUGUAAAAAAACAAAAAAACAUUCCAGUUGAAAGUGUUUACUAGAAGGGAAAAUUGUCAAUUAUACAAUCACAGACGGAAUGCCGGUCCCGCCUGUCAUAAAGUGCGUCGUCAUAGGAAACGGUGCAGUCGGGAAGACUUCGAUGCUCAUAUCGUUCACGACGGAUGAAUUUCUGCCCGACCACGUACCGACGAUUUUUGACCACCAUGGCGUUGACAUCAGGGUAAACGGUCAACCUUAUGUCCUCAACCUAUUUGACACAGCAGGCCAAGAGGAAUAUGCAAGGCUACGUUCUCUCGGAUACCAACAUACAAACGUAUUUCUAAUAUGUUUCUCCGUCGUGAACCCGGCGUCAUUCCAGGAUGUCAAAUCUAAGGAAGUGAGGCACUUCUGCCCGAGAGCCCGGUACAUACUCGUCGGUACGCAGAUCGACCUCAGAGAGAACGAGAAGACUCUGGCCGACAUGACGAAGAGGAGGUUGAGGCCCAUCAGUAAAAACAACGGUGAACGGAUGGCGAAGGAGAUCGGAGCGUGCGAGUACUUGGAAUGUUCUGCUCUUACCAAAGAAGGCGUGAAAAAAGUGUUCGAGGAAGUUGUGCGCCACGCUGUUUUGAGGCCUUCUCUCAGGAAGUACAGGCCGGCAAACUGUACUUUGUACUAAAUAAAAAUUGUAAUUUUUUAAAACUUUA